AUGUCUGAAAAUAUUGUUAUCGAAUCACUUCGUGGACUUUGUUUAACCUAUCCUUCACUGCGAUUAAUUGAAGAGGAAAAAAUCGUCUAUAGAGCCGAUAUUGAUGAAAUUAGACAAAAACAAGUCACAAUUAUUUCCGGGGGGGGAGCUGGUCACGAACCUGCACAU